AUGUCCGUUGACGAGAAAACGCUACUGGAUUCGUACCCGCAAAUUGCCCCCGAAUCUGCUGGCACCGGCCACCCUGGCCACUUGACCCCUGAGCAGGAGAAGGCACUCAACCACUUGCGGGAUCUACUGACUGCCCACGGGCACACUGAGCGCAUGGAUGACGCCACGCUGUUGCGAUUCCUGCGGGCGCGCAAGUUUGACGUUGGCAAGGCCAUGGAGAUGUACCAGGCGUGCGAAAAGUGGCGCGAGGAAUUUGGCACCAACACGAUUUUGGAGGAUUUCACCUACCCGGAAAAGGGCGAGGUGAUGAAGUACUACCCGCAGUUUUACCACAAGACAGACAAGGACGGCCGCCCCGUGUAUUAUGAGCUCAUCGGCAACGUCGAUAUCCAUGCAAUGUAUAAGAUCACGACCCAGGAGCGCAUGCUGCGCAACCUGGUGUGGGAGUACGAGGCGUUCACCCACUACCGCCUGCCUGCGUGCAGCCGCAAGGUUGGUGCGCUGCUGGAGACCUCGUGCACGGUCAUUGAUCUUAAGGACGUUUCGCUGUCCACCGCGUCGCACGUGUACGGCUACAUCAAGGAGGCAUCGCACAUCGGCCAGAACUACUACCCGGAACGCAUGGGCCAAUUCUACGUGAUUAAUGCGCCGUUCGGGUUCUCUGCCAUCUGGUCGUUUAUCCGCCACUUUUUGGACCCAGUCACCGUCGAGAAAAUCCACAUCUACGGAAGCAAAUACCAAAAAUCGCUCAUGAAGCAAAUUCCCGAAGAAAACUUGCCCGUGCAGCUUGGCGGCAAAUCACAGUGCAAGGGCAAUAUCUACCUCGCGGACGACGGCCCCUGGCGCGACCCCAAGUACAUUGGACCCGAGGGCCCCGCCCCGCUGUCUGCCGCAGAGUCCAAGGCCUCGUCCGCCCAGCCAGCGGAUGCUGCUGCCGCCCCGACCAAGGUCGAGAAGGUCAAAUCCGACGACUCUCUCGUGACUGCGCCCGAGCACGCUCCGGCAUAA